GGCGGACGGCGGGGCGGGAGAAGGGUACCCCGGAAGCGGAAGCGGCUGUUGCCGCCACCACCGCUGGCGGAAGCGGGCCGGGGACCGGGAGCGCCGCGGCCAUGGCGAACCGGACGGUGAAGGACGCGCACAGCAUCCACGGCACCAACCCGCAGUACCUGGUGGAGAAGAUCAUCCGCACCCGCAUCUACGAGUCCAAGUACUGGAAGGAGGAGUGCUUCGGCCUCACGGCCGAGCUGGUGGUGGACAAGGCCAUGGAGCUCAAGUACGUGGGGGGCGUCUACGGCGGCAACAUCAAGCCCACGCCCUUCCUGUGCCUGACGCUGAAGAUGCUGCAGAUCCAGCCCGAGAAGGACAUCAUCGUGGAGUUCAUAAAAAACGAAGACUUCAAAUAUGUCCGAAUGCUUGGUGCAUUGUAUAUGAGAUUGACAGGCACUGCCAUUGACUGCUACAAGUAUCUUGAACCACUGUACAAUGACUAUCGAAAAAUAAAAAGUCAGAACAGAAAUGGGGAAUUUGAACUGAUGCAUGUGGAUGAAUUUAUUGAUGAACUACUCCAUGAGGAACGUGUGUGUGAUAUCAUUCUGCCUCGAUUACAGAAACGAUACGUUCUGGAAGAAGCUGAGCAACUCGAGCCUCGUGUUAGUGCUUUGGAAGAAGACAUGGAUGAUGUGGAGUCAAGUGAGGAGGAGGAGGAAGAAGAUGAGAAACUGGAGCGAGCACCCUCUCCGGAUCACCGCAGAAGAGGCUACAGAGACCUUGAUAAACCCCGCAGAUCUCCUGUUGUGCGAUACAGGCGGAGCCGAAGCAGGUCUCCAAGAAGACGAAGCCGCUCUCCAAAGCGAAGAAGCCCAUCGCCACGCCGGGAAAGGCAUCGCAGCAAAAGCCCAAGACGACACCGGAGCAGAUCCAGAGAGAGACGCCACAGAUCAAGAUCUAAAUCUCCAGGGCAUCACCGUAGUCACAGGCACAGAAGUCACUCUAAGUCACCUGAAAGAUCUAAGAAAAGCCACAAGAAAAGUCGGCGAGGGAAUGAAUAACAAACUAAAUCCAGCAGGCAGUUUAAGGACCUUGAACUGCAGUCUAAUACUGCCCUAUUUACUUACGGGGCAGCAGGAUAUGUACUGGC